AUGCGAGCGAUCUUGAGCUUCCUUGCGACGACGAUCGCGUCGUGGGACACCGACUACCCCGGCAACGACCUCUUCCAGUUUGGCAUCAAGGGCGACAUGGCGUCUCUCAUUUCACAGUGCUGCGGCAAGUGCCUCGCGACCUCGGGCUGCGCCGGCUACGCGAUCAAGAACGAUGUCUGCUACAUCAAGUCGGUCAUGGUCGGUCGCCGGAGCGUCAACGGCGUCACGACCGCGCGCCGUCAAUAAACUUUGUGGGAAGAAGAGGCAACACCCUUGCGUUUGUUGUUUUGCGAUCGUCUCGACGUCAUUUUAACACUGUGAUAAACGCUAUUCUGUCC